GACAGUGCCGCCUGGACGGCGAUACGAUACACUCCCAGUACACAGCCGGUCCCCAAUGGCCGCCCGCCGCUGCUGUACCGGCCCCCUGCCGCUGCUGCUGCUGGGGCUGCUGCUCUGGGUACGGCUCUGCCACGGAGCAGCCUGGACUCGACCGGCCACCGUCCACCCCGGCCGGGAGGGCGAGUGCUAUGUCUCGGAGGACGAUGUGGACGUACCUGGCGGGAUCUACCUGAAGCCGGGUCAGGACUACUACCGCUCCCCGGCCGCCUGUGAGGUCUUCAAGUGCAGAGAGUCCUCCAGAGGUCUGGAGCUCAGCUUUUAUUCGUGCGGUGUGCUCAUCCCUUCCGAGGGGUGUACGCUGGUAUCCAAUGAUACCGUCAACUACCCGCACUGCUGCCCCGAGAUCCGGUGCUAGCUCAGCUCCGAGAUCGGCGCUGGGUAUGGACUGUCGUGUGGGAUGUCCGUCUUGACACCAAGAGUGGUCAAUACACGAGUUCGGA